AUGCUCCUUCCCCAGAACUCCUUCUCCUCCCAACACCUUACGAGCUCAUCUUCGUGCACCAUCUUUCCUGUUCCAAUCUGUGCAUUUCUCUCUCUACCCUCUCUCUCCAGAUCUAGAUCUAGAAACACUCUAGCCUCCGCCAUGGCUCGUAAGCGUAAGGGCCAGAACCUUAACGACUGCCCCAAGGAUCUGAACGACAUUCCUUACAUCCGCUGGAUGAACCAGCAGAUUGCCAACGGUAGACAUCCGACGGGAUUAUCCGCUCCGCCCGUGCUCGACGGCCAGGGUUCCAGUGCGCAGUCGCCCAGUGCGGCCCCGUCACGCGUGCGCCGUCAGCCUGCAAGGACGGCGGCAACAGUGCGGCCCGUCGUGGAGCAAGACGUUGACGACAACGAUGACGAAUACCGCAACGAAGGCCAUAGCACCGACGACGAGGAGGACGAACCAGAAGACAUUGGGAUGUCGCCCGCCGACGACGACGACGACGACGACGAGGAGGACGCCGACGACGACGCGGAGGAGAAAGAGCAACCUGUGGCACCACCGCCGAAACGGAGCGCCAAACGCGCAUCUGGGACUGACAAAGGCAAAGGCAAGGCGGCACCACCACCGCCACGCCAGGAGCCACGGAAGAAGCGGUCUGCUGCACCAGUCGAGAGGGGCUUAUGA